GCUUGCUCCAGGGCAGAGACCUGCCAGGUCCCUGCUACCAAGGACUGUUUGUCUCCAGAUCCCAUCUCUGUCCCCAUGGCAGUCAAGGCAGGGGAGCCUCACAUCCCCCUGACCCUGCAGCGCUCCCGGCUGAAGGCUGAGGAUAAGACCCUGGAUUUUGAGUUUGAGGUGGUCAGUGCCCAGUUUAACCGUCGGGGCCGUUACGCCCUGAAGCUCACUGUGGAGAACCCGCUGCUGCAGGGCUCUGGUGCUGGUGUCUGGCUCCGCGUCAACAGUGGGGACAUCAUCCAGAGCAGCACUGGCACCACUGACACCAUCAAGCAGAGAGACCUCAACCAGAUCUACACCUUCCAGAGGAGGAAAUUCACCUUUACUCUGCCCAGAGGUUUCUGCAAGAAUGACAGGAACCACGAUGUGCGGCUUCGCAUCGAGGCCCUGCACUUCCCUGGGAGGGCAGAGAGGAUGAGGAUGAGCAGGCAGGUGGGUGAAGCCUUCUUCGCCAUCUACCCCCGCACCAACCAGCCCCGGAUGAAGCUCUCUGCUGGGAGGGAUGAGGACUGGUACCGCUACAGCUCUGUGAUGGCUUUGCUGCGGGUGGGCAGCGAGCAGCCGGCGAUGCACUGUGGCCGGCUGGCCUUCACCGCGUCCUUGCACGAGCACCGACCUCUCACCACACUGGCUUUGGCCCCACUGCCCCCCCCCGGCACCGAGGAGGAGGACCAGCAAGCGGCAGACACAGCCCCUGCACCAGCCCCCCUGGACAUCACUGUCCCCAGCCGCUCUCUCCAUACACCCGAGUCUGCUUACCACUCGCUGCCCACCAAGGGCCGUGCCUGCUCCCCCGAGAGGCUGCGGGCUGACCCUGUGCUCAGCUCCUCCCUGGAGCUCCCGGGUGACUCAGCAGGCGAGCAUCUUUCCUCCUCCUCCUCCUCUUCCUCAGUUCCUGCCCCAAGGCGACCACUGAGCUGCAGCAGUUUUCACCUCUCCUCAUCGGACUACAGCCUGGAUCUGGCAUCUUCACCAGCACAGGUAUCCAAGUCCCCUGCUGGGAAAGAGGAGCCCAGGCAUGCACCAGUGGCUGGUGGGGGACACAUGGCCCGUGUGGGAAAGGAAGCCAUCACCGUCACACUCCAUGGUGCCAGCAACCUGCCGGCCACACGGGACGGCCAGGUGCCAUGGCCAUAUGUUGUCAUUAAGACCAGCAGAGGGGCUGAGCAGAAGCUGGAGGCGACCCAUGCAUCCUCGGCCCACACACCCACCUGGGAGGAAGAGGUGACAGUGGAAAUGGAUGCUGAAGAUGCGGGCUGGGCAGCCCUGACUCUCACCGUGGCAGACAAAGCCACCAAGGAGGCACUGGGGACCUUCCAGCUGCCGGUGCGGCACCUCCAGCCCUUCCAGCCCUACCAUUGCAGGCUGGUGCUGCCAAGGACACAGGACCCUGCGGGGACAGUCCUGCACGUCACCAUCAUCCGCAAAAGAAGCUUCAUCCCUCGCUGCGAUGGGUUGAGCUACGUGGCCUUGGAGGUGCUGCUGCAGGGGCUGUCCGCCCCACUGGCUACCCCCACUGGUGCCCUUGUUGCUGUGGCCAGAGUUGUGACCAAUGUUCAGGAGUACAAGCGCCGCAUGGAGAAACAUCCCAUCUACUGUCUUGGCAUCAGCCCCACCACCAUCACAUCCCCAGACCCUCCGGCAGCAGCCUUCAGCAUUGCCCGAGCUGCCAAUCAUGGCUACCCGCAGAUGUCCCAACCAGCUGGGCCCCCAGAGCAGCCGACCUGGGACACAUCCUUCCUUUUCCAAGGCCAAGACGUGGCUACCAUCUUCUCUGAAGACACCGCCCUGGCAAUCGAAUUUUAUCCAUACAAAUCUAUGCGGGAUGCUCCAGGAACCCUUGUUCCAGUGGGAUACUCGGUGCUGCCCCUCACCAGCUGUGUUUUCCAGAAGCUGGCAGCGCAGAGCGGUGGGAUGCGCGUGGAUGGCCUUGCUGUGCAGGGCACGGACCUCAAAACCACGUCUGGGGCCAUCCCGACUGUGGGGCUCUGCCUGCAGCUCCUUCGAUUGGAGAGACCGGAGGCCUUCCUGACCCCAUCGGGCUGCGAUGCCCUCCCCAGCCUGCACCCUGCUGCCACCGACAUGCUCGAGAGGGGUGAAGAGCUAGAGGCAGCUCCCUUGCACCCAUUUUAUUGCCAGCUCCACCACGACGAUGUGUCUCUCCCAGCAGCUGAUGCCGUGGCCAGCAUCCUGCCCAGAAAGCAGCCGUUCCCACGUGGGACAGGAGCACCAUCGGAGGAGAGGAGGUCCCAGGAGAUCAUCAGGGACAACCAGGAGCUGGAGGUGAGCAGCUACCGCCAGGCAAUGAAGCGGAUGGCGGGGGACCUCCUGUCCCUGCGCCGGCAUGUCACCAGCCUGGAGGUGGAGAACAGGCACCUGCGGUGCAGCCUGGCCUCGCAGGAGGAGCUGGGCCACGCUCUGCUCACCAACGUGGACCUGGACGUCAUGACCCAGGAGGAGCUGCUGGACAGGCUCGCCACCCUCAAGCGCAAGCUGGUGGCCAGCACGGCGGAGAUGAGAAGGCUGAAGAACCGUGUCCAGCAGCUGCAGAAUGAGCUGAUCCGGAAAAAUGACCGGGAGAAGGACCUGAUGCUGCUCCAGCGAGCUCACUGGCAGCAGCAAGCCACACUGAGAAAGUGCCAGGAGAAGGUGGCCAAGACAAAGAGCUUGGAGGAGAUGGUGAGGCAGCAGGAGAAGGUGAUCGAGACGAUGGAGCGGGUGCUGCAGGAGAAGCUCACCGGUGUGGGCAGGAGCACUGAGAAGACAUCAGGUGAAGCUCUCUCCAGGGAGGUGUACACUGCACUGCUGGCCGAGAACUGCAGGCUGAGGGAACAGCUGGAGAGGUCACCCCUCUCCUUGCCCCCCAUCACCUCACAUCCUCCAGCCUUGCCGAGUGUUUUCAGGGGUGUGGAGAAGCUCUCUCUGCUGGCCAGGCUGGAGGAGGCACAAGCCCGCAGGCGGGUGCUGGAGAGACAGCUGGAGGAGGCGACGAGAAGGUGGGGACGGGAGAAGCAGGAGCUCCGCACUCGUCUGCUGGAGCAGGAGCAUGGCUUCCCCCACACCUCCACCUCGUUCUCCAGAAUCUUGCAUGAAGGAGAAAAGAGCAGAUGGGAAAUGCUCUUUCCAACAUCAACCUCCCUGGUCCCUGCCAGCACCAAGUCCCUGGGGUCCCCGGCAGCGGGAUGCUCACCUGCAUGAGGAAGAGCUGCAUCUCCAGCUCAGCGAUCCGGCGGCCCAGGCACUGCCGGGGCCCGAAACCGAACCCCAGCCCCUUGAAGGGCUUGGGGCCGGCUGCCAGC